UCUCAGCGACACUGUGGUGGAUCAGGGAGCUUCAAUUCGCUGCUCUUCGCGCCGUACGACCACGCUCGGGGGAGACGGCGACCCCGAAAGUCCCAGGACGGAACAAGGAACAAUUCACCACCUACAUAUUCGAAAUUGUGGCGUCGUUAAAAUGCCUUCGCGUUUAUCAACUCCCGUGCUAACGGUGGAUACGGCCAAAAUCCACAAGGUCGAUACUGCCAAUGCACAGAGCUUACACGGCAUGUGGAUGGUGUUCUCGAAAUGCGCCGACUACAUGGAAGAGGGACGUCGGCUUGAGAAUCUCAGCUGGAGACUCUGGACUCGCGAGACGUUCUGCGUGGAGCCGGAGACCAGCAGCGAUGCCUCGGUUUUGCCACUCCGCUCAGAUACCGCGGACAUGCCAGAACUUUCUGCCAGUGUCGAAUCUGCCGCAUCCGACCAGGCCGACAGGAUUGAGCAGCACAUCAAGCGGUCCAAGGUCGACCUCAAGCCUACAGUGGUCCGUGAGGAUUCGAGCCCUCUUUUGAGCCUCGCUCGCGGGAAAGAGAAACAUAUUACCUCCGAAGGAUUGGAACGUAUGGUGCUGAACAUCAAGGAGAAGAAGAGCUUGGAGCCGAUCCCUCAACCACUGACCGCCCCUCUUCCUCCUGUCGUGGAUAUUACCCCUCGUCCGUCCACUCCUACUCCCUCGUCCCCCACCAUCUCUAGCGCGAAGCGGACGCCCUCCCCGCCGUCAUAUCAUCUCCACCAACAACAGAACCAGUCCACAGAGUCGUGCUCAACCACAGCGCCUGAAGGCAACGACAGCGACAACGGCACCAGUGCUGCUGCUUCUGACACCAGCGUCUCGUCCUCUGGCAUCAUUCCCGUAAGAUGUGAAUUGAUCAAGUCGCCAAGCAUUGUUCGCGGAUUUUCACCUUCGCUUAUCUCCUCCUCCUACCGGUCGCAGCCGAGACUGGCACCUGAACCUGGGCCAGCGAAGCAGUCGGGACAGCUCAAGCCUAUGCCUUUUAAGAAGAAGGGUGGCAUGUUUACGCUUGGUGGGUCGUCUGGGGAUGACGAGAGCUCUUUUGAGGAUCGCAUCACGAUGCAGGGACCCAAGCGCAGCUCUUUGUCGGACGAACUCAGCAAGCCUUCUUCGAGCAAUCAGAGCCCGAAGAAGAAAGUGGCCUCCUUUAGGGACGAGAAUGGGAUUAUUAAACCCACCCGAGAAAGGCUAGAGGAACACGAGGAUGCCAUUGAAACUGACGAUGAAGUCUCUGAGAGCGCUAUCGAGGACGACUCGGAUUCGGAUUGGGAAGACUCCGUCACGGAAAGUGGUCGGUCCAGUGUUGAGGAGCGCGAGCUUUUCCAGCGUGUCGAUUCUCGGCCAAAUCUCGUCUCCCGUCGCUCGAUGUUGACCAUGAUGAUGCAUCAGCCCACGAAAAUGGGCGCAGCAUCUCGUUCCACCCCGGCUCUCCAGCGUUCCCGCCUCACCUCACCCAACGGUCCCUCCAUUCCGGCUUCACCGCCCGACGACGACGAUGAGAAUCUUACGAUGCGCGGUCCCGACGUUCCUCGUUCCAAGCCUAUUGUGAUGAAGGCUACGCCUCAAGCCAUAGCUCAUUCGCCCCGCACGACUCGUCGGAAUAUGCUGGCCACCGAAUUGACGGAGUCUCUCCGUCGCCACUUGCUGUGGGAACGUCAGCAGAAGAGCGCCACUGCGAACGCGUUCCUGAAGCGACGCCACACAGCCCAUGAUAUGGCAAACCUGCAAGAGUAUCCUGGUCCCAAGGGGGCCCAGAAGGGUCAGAAGGGCCAGGCCUCGGGUCAAAAUGCAGGUCCUGCAACCAAGCCAACCAGUCAAGGGAAGGACAAAACCGGCUCUUGGAAUCACUACACCGACUUUGGGCCUUGGGAAUAUCAUGUGAAAGGCUGGUAAAACCCCCCUUCGCAGCUUACGACUGCCAUAUCUCGAUCCUCGACUAUCCUUGACCUUCGUGUCAAACGUAUUUUAUUAUGCGAUGGAUAUUGUUCAUUGACAGAGAUACCCGAUCCUCGAACGCCCUUCAUUUACUUUCUGCUUUUUGUUACCCGACAUGUAA